AUGCAGUUCCGUGCCCUCUUCCUCGCCGCGGUUGGCUGUUUCGCUGCGGUUCAAGCCGAAGUCAACUGGAUCAACCACGAUCAAGUCCACCCGUUCGCUCAGGUUGAGCCUGUCAACGCCUCCGAUAAGGCUGCGAUCAAGUUCAAGCCGAAGCUGCAGAUCUCCUACGGCUGUCAUCCUUACCCCGCAGUCCAAGCCGACGGAGCUGUCAGUGAUGGUCUGAAGUGGGCCGGCAAGGCCGACGGGAAGUGUAAGGGCUCUGGCCUGGGCUCGCAGGUGUACUCGCGUUCGGCUUGGUUCGAGGGCAAGUUUGCCAUCAUGUACGCCUGGUACUUUCCCAAAGGUUUCGAGCAGAGGGGAAAAAUCAACUACAGCCACCGUCACCUGUGGCUCUAUUUGGUCCUGUGGAUCGACAACCCUGAGAACGAGAACCCAGCGAUCCUUGGCGUGUGGCUACGCACAGCUGGCGGAAACGAGCGCCGCACUCCUCCGGACGCGAAGUUCCUCGACGGUUCGAGCCUGAAGGUCGACUACUACAAGAGCUCGUGGCAUGGCAAGACGGGGAUCCAGCUAACGGAGAACCCGGGCGAGUUCCAGGACCUCAUCACUUGGGAACAAAUGACGGAGGAGGCUCGCAUAGCCCUGACCGAAGCCGACUUUGAUGGUCACUGGCAGGAGCGGAAGGACUUGGACGUCCCGUUCAUCGACGGUGAGUUCACGGUGAACCUCAAGAAGGCCUGGGUGUUUUAG